UUCUCUCGAAGUUCUAAAUCGGGUCUAUAUUAAAGCAGUCGUGCACCGCACGCAACAGUUCGAUAAGACAUGGCGAGCGAAGUCUUGUUUACAAUUAAGAAAAACGACCAAGUGGGACGGUACGCAGUGGCCAGUCGUGCCCUUAAGCCUGGAGAUUUAAUUUUUUCAGAGCAACCGUUUGCUUAUGGCCCAAAAUCGGAUACUCCUCCCGUAUGUCUGGGAUGUUCUGCCCCUGCUGAUUGUUCAACCUUGUGCUCGCAGUGUUUAUGGCCUGUAUGUGGACCCGAAUGUGAAGGUCUCCCAAUUCACAGAGAAAACGAAUGUGCGGUCUUUGCUAAAGCUGGGGUGAAAUUCCAACCAGUGAAUGAUUCGGCAGCUGUUUGUCUACAGUACGAAUGCAUCACUCCAUUGAGAGUACUUCUGGCAAAAGAGAAAGAUCUAAAACGUUGGCAAGAAGAAGUGGAAAUGAUGGAAGCUCACAAUGAUAUUCGCAAAAAGAGACCACUAUGGCAAUUUAAUCAGACUAAUGUUGUCGGUUAUUUGCGAGGUCCUUGCAAGUUAGAUCGAUUUCCAGAAGAGCUAAUCCACACUGUUUGUGGUAUUCUCGAAAUCAAUGCAUUCGAAGCAAGAACCACUGCAGGACAUUUCAUCCGUUGUUUGUACCCAAAACUAGCCAUUCUUUCCCACAACUGUGUCUCAAAUGUGCAUCACUCGGUAUCUCCAGACGAUUUUGCCGUCUAUGUGAGAGCCGUAGUCGAUACCCCAGAAAACGGAGAGCUGUUCAGCAGUUACACGUAUUCCCUUUGGCCAACUUUAGUACGUCGCGACUACUUAAAAGAAAGUAAAUACUUCGAAUGCAAGUGUCCAAGGUGCCAAGACAAAACUGAAUUAGGAACACACAUGGGGAGCCUAAAAUGCAGCAAGUGCGAUAACGGGGUUAUUUUGAGCACAGAUCCACUGAGUUUCACAUGUGAUUGGAAGUGCACUCACUGCGACUUCAAAACCAACGCAGUCGCAGUGAAAAAGGUUUAUGAUACGGUCCAGGCGGAAAUAGAUGCUGUGGAAAUGCUCGGUGGGCCAGAAGGUAUCGAACAACGAGAAGCUAUUUUUAGGAAGUAUAGGUCUGUAUUCCAUCCUAAAAAUGCAUAUAUGACGAUAGUCCGUUCGGCGUUGACCCAACUGUACGGUCGAGCUGACGGGUACACAAUUGAAGAUUUGCCGGAUCUGCUGUUGGAAAGGAAAGUGGAGCUUUGUAAUCAGUUGAUGGAGGUGCUGGAUGUGAUCGAACCGGGUUUUUCUAGGAUUAGGGGAAUUACGUUGUAUGAGCUGCAUGCCCCUUUGAUGAUUUUAGCGAGGAACCUGUAUACUUCAGGUGCCAUCAGCAAAGAUGAGUUCAGGAAAAAGUUGCAAGAGGCGAUAGAUACUUUGGGCAAGUCUGUGGAGAUUUUGAAGAAUGAGGUCCCGGACUCGAAUGAGGGGCAGCUGGGAUUAAUGGCACAACAAGCUUAUGAGAGCUUGAAUCAGAAUUUUGAAGUUCUUAUAGAAACUGCGUAAUUUCAUUUAUUAGUUUCAGAGUGCCUGUUUAUUAUAUCCAUUUUUGAAAAAUUUGUAAUAAAGUAAUUUUACAGUG